AUGUCGGCUUCAACAUCUUCGAGAGAGAAAGGGACACGUCAAAGGCUCCGCGAGGGCCUCGGUCGACUGCGAUCGAAAUUUCGACCGCAUGCCAAAGAUUCUACAGGGAAACCGACUUCGGUGCUAAGUAGUAGCCCGAAGCCGGAUUUUGAGCAUUCUUCGCCCUCUAUUGGUCCGGAACCGGUUGUGCGGCAAGAUGACGCCCCCAAGCAAUCCGAUGGCCCAGUGGCCCUUCCCCCCGGCAUCGAGGACGGAAAAGCCGUGUUCGAAAGCGCUUUGGAAAAGGAUAGCUCCUUGGGUGAAGCAGAGACAACCAACCCCUCACCACCAUCCGAUCUAUGGAGCGCAGCAUACCGCGAGGCAGUGGAGCUUAUCGGGAAAGACAUCGACAUUACCAUUUUGCAGGGCGAAAGCAUCGCCCAGCUGUUCGAGAAGUUGGAGCAACUCGACAAGGACGCUACUCAGGAGUCUGCAUUUGUGCGGGGGGUUAGAUACCUAAGGACCCUCCAGGUACCGUUGGAGACAUUCAAGCUAGGGCUUGACCUGGCCAGCCCUUUGACUUCUCUCGAGCCGACCGCUGCUACGGUUACUGGAUUUGUGAAAAGUGUUACUACGAUUGCCAUCAGCGUUUCGACGGCAGACCGUCGGUUUGGAGAGCAGAUUGGGCAGCUGCUACAGCAGCUUUCGUACAUUGACGAUUGUGAUACCCUCGGCCAAAAGACGGGCAAAAAGGAUAUCCACAAGGCACUUGUCUCGGUGUAUCAAAAACUUCUCGAGUUCUAUCACGCCGCGUUACAGAUCCUGUCCAAAAAGGGAGCCAAACUCGUCAUGAAAAUCGUUCUCGAAAACGGGAAAUUACCCGCCAUUGUCCAAGACUUUCUUCAACACGCCCAGCAGCUUCAAAAGCUGGUGGAGAAGGCAACGUUGGAGAUUGUCGAGGACAUCAAGAACAUGCUUUACGACCACAGGAUCAACACCUGGCUAGGAGUCAGCGACCAGAUAAAACGCCAAGGCCAGUACCACGACAGCCUACAAUACCUCCGCUCCAAUGAAGCCUGUGAGUUCCUGCUCGCCAAUCCCCGGUUCAUCGACUGGUAUUACCACGGCGCCGGUUCCCAACAGCUGGUGAUUCUCGGCGACGUCGGCUCCGGCAAGACAGUCGCCAUGUCCUACCUGAUUGAUAUGCUCGGCGAGCAGAACAAGCACCAAUUGCCCUUGCCCAAGCUGUGCUACUACUACUGCCGGGACGAUGGCACGGGUACGGCAGCGCAUAUCUUGUCUGCUUUGACGCUCUCGCUUCUGGUCCAGCUUCCUGGGUUGAAAAAGGGGUUCGUGGAAUGGUACCAGGAGGCUUUGGCGUCUGGGAUUGAUCCGGCUACGAAUGUCAAGGUGCUGGAGCAGUGGUUGCGUGGCACCCUCAUGACUCUGGAUCGCCCGAUUAUCUUUGCCAUUGAUGGAUUGGACGAAUGCGAUAAACGAUCUCGAAGCCGUUUGCUUCAGUCGUUGGGGGAGCUUUCACUGGCAACACCACGGUUCAAAGUUCUCGUUUCUUCGCGGGCAGAAGAGGAAAUUACCAGGCAACUGAAGGGAAUGAGCACCAUCACCUUGGUCCCAGAUGUUAUGCGGGAUGCUCUGAUUGUGGAGAGAACCGUCGAUUCCCAGUUAUCAGAUCUGCCGGAAGAUGUUAAAGGUCUCGUCACGGGGACACUGUCCAGGUUGGCACAGGGGAGCGCGAUAUGGACGAAAAUGACGGUUGAACUGAUCGAGAUCCGCCAAAUCAACGCGUUUAAUGCCAUGCGAGACUUUCUCAAACAGUUACCGCAACCCAGGCAGUUGUCAGACUUAUAUUCCCACCUCUUAAUGCGGUAUACCAUGGGCGACCCGGAAAACAGGAGACUGGCCACGACAGCCUUGGAGGUGCUCGCUGUCUCGAAAAGACCGCUCAGCUUAUUGGAGCUUGGAUGGGCGGUGGCUUUGGGAGUAACCCGGAAUCCGGUCGGCUCGGUCGAGGGGCUUGCCAGGCUAGUCGAUCACAUGAGAGUCAUCAAGUUGAUCCGACCCUUUGUUGCUCGUAUCGACACCGGGGACAACAAAAAAUACCAGGUCAAACUCGUCCACCAGUCUGUCAAAGAGUUCAUCCUUACGGAAUUAGUCACCGCGGGAUCAUCAACUUCCACACACCAGGCCGAACACCCACCACCACCCCCCGCUGAGUACCCAGAGGCUACCAUGCUCAAUAUCUGCCUCCAAUACCUGCUUCUAAACGAAAUCAACACCAUCGAUUUCUUCUCCCCCGAACUCCUCGCCAUCCACGAGCUACCCUUCGACGUCGACGUCUUCACCGCGUCCCACUGGCCUACCUACGACGCCCAAACCACAUGGGACGAAUUGGAGCAGGACAUGCUUCACUACGACCCGAACGAACGCGGGUUUGGCGAGUUCUUCGUCUACGCUUCGUGUUACUGGGUCGACCAUUUCGGUGCGGUGUCUGCUGCAUCCCUUCUGCCGGCACUGGGUGACAUUGAACGGGUUUGCCAGGCUGGUUCGAAACGGUUGGCGAACUGGAUGGCACAGAAUCAACGCCCGUCGUGUACCAUCCUAGCGCGAUAUCCGUUUAAUCCGGACUUGCAUGAUCCUUUGAGUGUCACGGCGUUGUUGGGGUCCGAGGCGAUGUUGCGGCGGAUGCUGGCGGAGUCGGAUUUCUCCGACCGUAGCCGGUUUCGCUCUCUGUCGGGUGCGGGUGCGGCAGAGCAAGUGCUACGGGAUUCGGGGGAGUUGUCCCGGGUUCGGCUGAUUUGGGAUAGUGGUGUUGGCAUGCAGAUUCGGACCGGGGAGUUUAUACAGCUUGCGGUGGAACAGUGGUCGUUUGGGCCUUUUGGUAGGGAACGUGGUGAUUGGGAGGUGGUGUUUGGGCUUGUGAAUGACAUGUUGGAGGAGAUGGUACGUGAUGGUUGGCCUGAGGUGUUUGUCAGCCUUGCUGUCAGGACGAGGUGUACUCCCAUGCUCCAGGUGUUGAAGGAGGCGGCUCAGAAACACCCCGGGUUUGCUUCCGCGGUUGACAAGUCCGGUACACUUGGAGGGUCAAAUAUAUCAGCAGAAUAG